AUGGGGCAAUGCCGGGCAGGCGCGGCGGUGGCAGCGGCAACAUUGUGGUGGCUUACGGUGUGCGCCGGGGCGGUGUGGCUGGAGCUGGCGACGACGGCGAUCAAGUGCCUGUCCGAGGAGAUCCAGUCCAACGUCGUCGUCAUGGCCGACUACUCCAUCCUCUUCGAGGAGCACCCCAUACGCCCCAGGGUCUCCGCCAAGGUGACAUCGCCUUUCGGAGACGUCCUGCAUCACGCCGACAAGGUUAGCCAUGGCCAGUUUGCCUUUACCACGGCGGAAUCUGGCAUUUACCUUGCCUGCUUCUGGACGGAGACUCUGGAGAAGGGAAUGGUGGUCAACCUUAACCUUGAUUGGAGAACGGGGAUCGCAGCAAAGGACUGGGACUCCAUUGCUAAGAAAGAGAAGCUUGAUGGUGUGGCACUAGAGCUUGUCAAACUAGAAGUAGCUGCAAAAGCCAUCCAUGAAAACUUGCUCUACCUUAUAUUAAAAGAAGCAGACUUGCGAGACCUGAGUGAGUGGACACAAGUGAAGAUCACAUGGCUGAGCCUUAUAUCCCUCGCUGUCUGUAUCGCAGUCUCAGUUUUGCAAUUGUGGCAUCUCAAACAGUUCUUCCGAAAGAAGAAACUCAUCUAG